UUGAUUAGGACAUUACGUCAUCGCGGUCCGUCAGACACUUGGACCUCGGCUGACCGUCACUAUUGAACUACUCUUCUCUCUUCAGUAGUUCAGUCAUUCACCCGCUACCAGCCUGCGCUCUGCGGUGUAUUCGUCAUUCAGGCUUCUCAGUUCUCACACUCUUUUUCACCAGUAUUCUGUCCCUCAUCUGAUUUUUGAUUUCCUGUUACCACCUAAUAAAAAACAAUUUAACAACAGCCCACCCACCGAAUCAUAUGAUCGUUUUGAGUGGCCAAAAUCUGUGGAAAUUGUGCGGCAGAGUACGUCGCUUAUCAACCGCUCGUCCGAUUCGUAUGGCAGAUUCGAGUGUUGCACGACACUAAACACGACUGUACCCAAGAUGAUGUCGUCCACAUGCAUUGAGGCGUUGUCCGCUGAAGGCCGCCAGGACUUUUACAACUCAUUUGACACCGUACUCACUGACUGCGAUGGUGUACUGUGGCUGCUAAACAACACCAUACAGGGUGCCACAGAAGUCAUGAAUGGCUUCAAGGCGAACAGCAAGAAAGUGUUUUUCGUCACCAACAACAGCACCAAAUCGCACACGCAGUUCUUGGAAAAGUUUCAUACACUAGGAUUCAAAGCUCUAGCCAACGAAGUGGUCAGUACUAGUUUCUUGGCUGCAAAAUACUUAAAAGCCAAUCUCGAUCCGUCUAAGCAAGUGUAUGUGGUCGGAUCUCCAGCUAUCGCAUGUGAACUAGAUGCUCUAAAUAUAAAACACUUUGGUGUUGGCGAGGAUUAUUUAAAAACUUCUGUUCCCACGUUCGUUGAAAACAUAAAGCUCGAACCUGACGUUGGUGCUGUGUUGGUUGGAUUUGACGAACAUCUUAGUUAUCCAAAACUAUUUAGGGCUGCUUCCUACUUGAAGGAUCAAAAUGUCCUGUUUGUGGCAACCAACACUGACGAGAGUUUCCCAGUGCCUGGUACAGAUUUAGUUAUGCCUGGCACUGGUAGUCUGGUAUGUGCUGUCAAAACUUGCGCCGGACGAGAGCCGUUUGUUGUUGGCAAACCGUCAAGCUAUAUAUGCAAUGUCCUAACGGAAACAAAUAAAAUUGACCCUUCAAGGACAUUAAUGAUUGGUGACCGUUGCAACACUGAUAUACUGUUGGGUAAACGUUGUGGGUUUAAGACACUGUUGGUAUUAACUGGUGUUAAUAGCCUGAAAGAUGUGGAAGAGUGGAGCAAGUCUGAUGAUCCUAAAUUACUGGAAUUAGUACCUGAUUAUUACGCUCAGAGUAUCGAUAGUUUAAGAGCUACAUUUCCAGUGCCAUUGUAAUGAUUAAAUGACAAUUAUUACAAUUUAUUUUAAAUAAAUUAAAAUAUUAAACUAAUGCAUUGUAGAACAAUUUUAUUUUAUUACAUUAUGUUAUCACCAUUUUUAGACAAUUUUUAGUGGUGGAUCUUAAAAUGUUUUUCACAUUCUGUUCAAUUUAGCCAUAUUGUAGUUGAAAGUUAUUGUUCAGCAUUGAUUUAUUACUUCAAUCAUACCAACAAUUAUGGAAUGCACUUGUGCCAAUCAUUAUACAACGUAUGAUGUUUUUGGAAAUGUUAAUUCUUUCCUGAUAAAAUUUGUAUUGUAUUUCAAAUAGUACAACUCUUGUGUUAUCUGAGAAUAAUAUGUUACCUAUUGCGUUUACUUUUUUUUAUGUCAAUUAAAUUUCUGAUUUUUUGUGAAUGAACAAAUGUUGUAAUAAAUAUCUUAUUGUCUAUCUACCAAUA